AUGAACAUUCAGUUUUAAUAGUACUUAGAUGAGAACUAAAGCUCCUACUUAUAAUACAGAAGAAGGUAGAAGAAGGGCUUUUGCUGAAUAUAUCCAAAUAUAAUACCAGCCUAAAAAGAGCAGAACAUCUCGAAGUUAGAUAAGUCAAUUGGCGGUUGGUCUCGAAUUCCAAUACAAUACAUCAGGAAGCGUUUCAAAAUGUUUGUGGGACAGAUAAAGAGCUUGCAAUUACUACUCUUGUAUUGUAUCGUCGUACAAAGCUAUGUCAUACAUGAAGAUGGAUUCACAUCGACUGAGCAAACAGAAAUAAAAACAGAAUCAGAAGUAUCCAAAGAAACUACGACGAGCGCUAAUCAAAAUUCCAAUGAAUCCUUCCAGUCUGAUCAAGUAAAACACUUUUUUUUCCCCCUAGGACCUAAAGCUAAUCCGAUAGGUCAUAUUAGAAUAUCAAGCAAUGCAUUUGAAUUGAAAGAGUGGCUUUCGAAACUGCCCAUCGAAUGGCAAAAUCCAAAGCAAGAAUCACUUAAGAAGAUUAUUCCAGAUAAUAAUGAUAGCUCCAAAGAAACAUCUGAUAAGACUGAGUCUCCAUUGCACCCAAAAGACGACGGUCCGAUAGAGGAAGUGGCAAGCACAAUGUUCCCGGAAAUCGAAAAUCCGGAAACCAAAAGGAAUCAUACAGAAUUCCAUUUUGUUUUGUAUUUAUUUGGCCGUCCAGUGAUAACACAUCAUGAAUUCAAUGAGCGAACUGGCAGGAAGACCUGGCACGACUACCAAGUUCCAUUCACACCAUCUCAGUACAUCAUCUCAGUAGUCGACUAUGGAUUUAAAUGGAUUAAAAUUUUUAUGCGUCUUUUAAGAAUAUAAUUG